CAACUUUAUUAGCACCAGCAGCUAACCGGAGAAGGGGUGAGCAAGAGGCGAGGCGAGGGACAUCGCCGGCUCACGGCCCCCUUCGAGGACUGAGCCUCCUAAGCAGAGAAUCGCCGUGGUCGGACGACACGGCGUCAAGACGAGAAUAAAGCCGGAGGCAGCCGAGACGACUGGUGGCAGGGUUGGACGAGUGAGCCAGGCCUUUCAGCCGGGACUCGAGGUCGGAUGGGUGGGUGGUUAGGGAGGAAAGCCGGAAAUCAGGAACUACAACUCCCAGGAGGCCUAGCGGCUGGGUCCCGGAAGCUUGGCUGUGAAGCCAGAUGGGACUGGUAGUUUUGCGAACAACUUAACCUAGAGGUUUGAAAGGUUGGAAGUUCUGAGUCCUGGGGCGGCGAGAGCAAGGGCGAGAUGGAGCUGGAGCAGAGAGAAGGGACCAUGGGUUUUGAAGAGUUCUCAGCGCCGCCAGGCUCGGAGCUGGCGCUGCCUCCGCUGUUUGGUGGUCACAUCCUGGAGAGUGAGCUUGAGACAGAAGUAGAAUUCGUGUCUGGGGGUCUGGGCAACUCGAGCCUCCAGGAGCGAGAUGAAGAGGAAGAGGCAGCUCGGGGCCAGCAACGGCGCCAACGGGAACUCAAUCGCAGGAAGUACCAGGCGCUAGGUCGGCGCUGCCGGGAGAUCGAGCAGGUGAACGAGCGGGUCCUGAACAGGCUCCAUCAGGUGCAAAGGAUAACUCGGAGACUGCAGCAGGAGCGGAGGUUCCUCAUGAGAGUGCUGGACUCGUACGGUGAUGACUACCGUGCCAGUCAGUUCACCAUCAUGCUGGAGGACGAGGGCAGCCAGGGCACAGAUGCCCCCACCCCAGGCAAUGCUGAGAAUGAGCCUCCAGAGAAAGAGGGGCUGUCUCCACCCAGAAGGACACCAGCACCCCCAGAACCCAGCAGCCCGGCCCCUGGUGAGGGGCCCAGUGGGCGAAAGAGGCGGCGAGCGCCCCGGGAAGGACGCCGAACAGGAGUCCCACUGACUCCAGAACUGGCCCCUGUGCAGAUAAAGGUCGAGGAAGACUUCAGCUUUGAAGCAGAUGAGGCCCUGGACUCAAGUUGGGUUUCCCGGGGGCCAGAUAAACUGCUGCCCUACCCCACCCUAGCCAGCCCUCCCUUUGACUGACCCCCUCCCAAUAAACUGACUCCAUGCUCUC